AUGAACACUACUACAGACAUAAUGCAAAAUAUUGAAAACCAUUACAGUCUAAAUAUCAACUCAGUCACCGAUAGUAGCAACAAAACAACUCUUGUGAAGAGAAAAUACAAUACAGGCACUGUAUUGGGAGAAGUCACAAAUACACUUGUGUCCAACACACUGCUGCAACUGAAGAUGAUAACGGGAAAGGAGAACUCACAACAAAGGAAACAUGAUACUCACAGGAAGAACGAUAGGGUGGUUUUUAGCUCGCCUACCAAAGUAUAUGACGAGAAUAGUCUACGAUAUCAGAGGAAGAGGCUUGCAACAUCGCCAACACCAUGGAUUGCAAAUUCAAAUGUUAGAAGAAAAUUGGGUGAAGGGCCAUCUAAAUUAAACUUACCUUGCAUUCCAGUAGUUGAAGAGCAACAACAACAACAACAGCAACAACAACAACAACAACAGCAACAGCAACAACAACCGCAACAUCCACAAACAACCAAAACGCGAUCAUCGGUGGAAAACAGCUCUGAGGAUGGCCCCGCAACUCUGUUUGGAUCAACUUUGCAAGAGGUUGAACUUAAUUACCAACGAUGGUUAGUUGAACAAGAGUUACGACGAGUAAACGAACUCAAUGAAUUUUUAGUGCUAGAAAGACAAUUUGCAAUGGAAGAGGCCGCAUCGUGA